CAAUGGCGGAAGGGAAAAGUACUAGAAUUAAAAGUUAUUUUGACGAAAUUCUCGCCAUGUGACGUUUAUUUUUCGACGCACUGGGAUGGCUACAAGACUUGAAAGACUUUUUCUCCUUCUCGACACUGGCUCCACUGCUGUAACACGGAAAGCUGCAGCUCAACAGCUUGGUGAAGUGCAGAAAUUACAUCCUCACGAGCUACAGAAUCUUCUCAACAGAGUUCAUGUAUAUCUGAAGAGUAGCAGUUGGGAGACAAGGAUUGCAGCAGGUCAGGCCAUCGAGGCUAUUGCACAGAAUGUGCCUCAAUGGAACCCGGCAGCUGUGCAAAACGUCAAAGUUGAGCCAUUAGAAAGCAACAGGUCAGAGACUAUCAAGGAGGCAGUUACAAAUGAGCUGCUAGAGUUUUCCAAGUUUGAUAUCAACCGUGUUUUAAAACAUGGAGAGCGUUUGGUUGGCUCAUCAGGGGCUGAAUACGACCUUCCUGAGGAAGAUCUUGAGGGCCUUGAACCAAAAGAGAGGCUAAACAGGCAGCAGAAACUUCUCAGAAAGCGCCUUGGCUUGGAUAUUGCUCCUGGAAUUGAUGUUGGAAUGGAUAAAUUAUUUGAUGAUGAAGAUCUCUUGGUGAACACCCAUGUAACUAAAGGGAAAGCUUUGACUAAACAAAAAUCCUUUGAGAAUGCUGCUGAUGUAGUAGCGGCAGAGAUAGCUGCUAUAAGUUCAUCAGCAGAGUUGAGCUCACGAGAGAAAAACAGAGCCAAACGAAAAGCAAAAAUGCUUGCUAAGCAGAGAUCAAAGGAAGCAUCCAAGGAGGGAGAGUCAUUUAAUGACAGCAUUAGUAUAGAUAAUGACCAGGAAGCUGAAAAUGUCCCAGUUUCUAAAAAACGGAAGACAGCCAGCGUCAUUGUUGAUCAGCCAGCAGAGUCGGAUAAGAUGGUUGUGGAUCAGGUUACUGAUGUCUCGGCAACAUUUGAAGAGUCUACUGAGUGGCCAUUUGAAAACUUUUGCCAAGAACUAUGCCAAGAUUUGUUCCAUCAAACAUGGGAGGUGCGCCAUGGGGCGGCUACAGGCUUGCGAGAAAUAAUAAAGGUUCAUGGUCAAAGUGCUGGAAAGACUUUAGAUUCAUCUGUUGAUGAUCUCCAGAUUCAAAAUAGGAAGUGGCUGGAAAACAUGUCUCUUCUCCUUCUUUGUGUCAUGGCACUUGAUCGCUUUGGAGAUUUUGUUAGUGAUGAGGUUGUUGCCCCAGUUCGUGAAACUUGUGCACAGACGAUAGGAGUGAUUUUAAAGCAUGCUGAUGCUGACAGUGUGAAGAGGGUAAUGAUGGUACUGUUGACAUUGCAAGCUCAGGAGGAAUGGGAGGUGCGUCAUGGAGGGCUUUUAGGACUCAAGUAUCUGAUGGCUGUUAGGCAGGAUCUGACAAGGGAUUUGUUACCACUAGUGUUGGAUCCUAUUGUAACAGCUCUGAAAGAUGACGAUGACGAUGUGCGGGCAGUAGCUGCAUCAGCUCUACUUCCAGUUGCAGAGUCAUUGGUCAAAUUUGCCCCUAAUUAUGUGCAGGAAGUUCAUGUGACCCUGUGGGACACACUUGUUGAACUUGAUGACUUGACAGCUUCAACUAAUAGCAUUAUGAUGCUACUAGCCAGAAUUUUGUCCUGUCCAUCUGUGGCUUUGCAAGGAACAGAGGGUGACAAUGCUCCCCUCACUGAGCUAGUGCCGCGGUUGUGGCCCUUUUUUCGUCACAAUAUAAAAUCUGUUAGAUUAGCAGCACUAGAAACUCUUCAGACUCUUCUUGUUGGAAGGCUCAAACAUGAGUCUAACGGAGAGAAGUUAUUAGAAUGCGUGUGGUUAACACCAAUUCUACAAGACUCACUGAGGCACAUUUACCAAAGAUUUAUUCUGGAAACUGAUGUUGAUGUCUUGGAGAUGGUGUAUAAGGUGUGGAGUGUAAUGCUUGACAGAUCAGCUAAGAGUUUCCUUGGAGGAGUUACAAUUCCAUUCCUUAACAGUUGGCUUGGAAUGAUGAUGAUGCCAGCCUGCACUCCUAUUGAUCAUACUGCUCUUGUGCAAGCUCUGCAUAGAACUCAGAACAAGGGAGACCGUCAUGUGGACAGGGCUCACAUGAUAAGAGGCCGACCGCUUCAGGCUCAAACUGAACCUCAAUCUGAAAUGAUAGCAGGAGUGACACUGGCCACUAACUUAGCAGAGCGAGACCUUGCAGUUUUACACGCACGACUGGCAGCAUCAAGAGCUAUUGGUCUUUUAGCAUCUCAUUAUAUUGGGUGUCCAGCUGGUGAUAAUGUAGAACUUCAUCCUCUUGGUUUUCUGAUGCAAACUUUGCAGUUUCCUCUCACAUCAAACUCAGGGAUUCAGAGGAUGUGUGCUUCAUUAACAUUGGCUGAUUGGGCUGAUUCUCAAGUGGAAUGCAAGUGUCCCGAGGAAAAUAUUGCACAGUUGAACAACAUUUUAUCUGAACAAAUUGUGUAUAAUGAGAUAGCUGUGCUCAACACAAGACUGCAAACAGAUUGUCAGGGCUUGUUAAAUGCAUUGCGAGAGAGAGGAAUUGAUGCCUCAGCUGGUAUCCAGCCAGGCUGCUAUACUGUUGACAAUGCUGUCAAGCUAGCCUCCGAUAUCUUCAUGGAAAUUUCCAAAAAACUUUCACCACAGGUUCUCAAGGGUGCAGAGAUAAAGAGAAGGCAUUUAAUGGCAACCAUUGGACAAUUGCAAUCAGAAUACCAAAAGCUACACAUAAGAGUGCAGGCAAGUGUUGCAAGCACACUGAUCUUCUUGAAUAAACUUCCUGCUAAACUGAACCCUAUUAUAAGGCCCAUCAUGGACUCUAUCAAAAAGGAAGAGCAAACCAUCAUGCAGACUCGAUCAGCCAAGGCAUUAGCCAAACUGUUGGAACUAUGUAUGACAAGAGAACCAUGUCCAAAUGCCAAGAUCAUUAAAAAUCUCUGCAGUUUUGCUUGUAGUGAUCCUUGUGUCACCCCAGCAGUAAAUAUCAGUUUAACAGUAGCUUCUGAUGAACCUCCUUUGUCGCCAAUACCUGAAGGACAUUCAGAAUCAAACUGUAACUCAGCCUCUUUUGGAGGAACAAACACGGCUAUGGAACGAGGGAAUAGUGUACAUUGUGAUCAGUACAAUGGUAUUCUGUCUCUUGUUCAGCAGCAGAAGAGUGCAAGUGCUUCAGCCUCUAAAAAAUCCAGUGGCAAUGCAGGUCGUAACAAGCCUCAACCACCUGCUGUGGAUGGGGUGUCUGUGGCCUCUCUUGAUGAUAACAGCAUGGAUGAUCCUGAGAUGGCUAAAGUUGUGAGUAUUCAAAGGAGAGGUGCAGAAUUUUCUCUGGUUAAAUUAGCACAUCAUUUUGGAAGUGUGCUACCCUCAAAGUUACCCAAAUUGUGGGAAGCAGUUGUGGGGCCUUUACAGCAGAUAGCAAAUGGAAAUUCAUUUGAUCCAGACAAACUUAUUGGUCUUGAUAAUGAAGCCCAAACUCUGGUAAACUGCUUACAAGUUCUUGAAGUCUUGACACCAGCUAUGCAUGUGGAACUCUUAUCUAAGAUUUUAGAUUUGCUCCCCAAUAUAGUGUUGUGCCUUCAGCACCCUUACAGCGCAGUGCGACACUUGGCAGCCAGGUGCCUGGGUGUCCUGUGCACUGUGUCCAUUGAAGAUACCAUGAGGACAGUGGUAAAGGAUGUUUUACCACUGAUGGGCACUGCUGAUGUCAUCAGGAACCGACAAGGGGCUAUAGAAGCUAUAUCUUGUGUUAUUGAUCGGCUCGGAAUGGAUGUGGUACCGUACGUUGUUCUCCUGGUGGUGCCUGUGCUUGGGCGGAUGAGUGAUCAGUGCGAGGAUGUACGACUUAUGGCCACAUACUGUUUUGCCACACUCAUUAGGCUUAUGCCUCUCGAGUCUGGUAUUCCUGACCCGCCCAGCAUGUCCAAAGAUAUGGUGGAGCAAAAACAGAAAGAACGAAAAUUCCUUGAACAACUUUUGGACGGUAAAAAGGUGGAAAAUUACACCAUUCCGGUUCCUAUCAAAGCUGAGCUGAGAAAGUAUCAACAGGAUGGUGUCAACUGGCUGGCAUUUCUCAACCGGUACAAGCUGCAUGGUAUUCUAUGCGAUGACAUGGGACUCGGUAAAACUCUUCAGUCUAUUUGUAUCAUAGCAGGUGAUCACAAUGCAAAAGCUGCAGUAUACAAGGAGACUGGUAAUAGUGAUUGCAAACCUUUGCCUUCUCUCGUGAUUUGCCCACCAACAUUAACAGGACAUUGGGUGUACGAGGUGGAGAAGUUUGUGAACAAAGAUUUCCUUAAACCAUUGCACUAUACAGGCCCACCGUCUGAGAGACAAAGACUUCGUAACAAGGUAAAAAACCACAGUUUAGUCGUAGCGUCGUACGAUAUUGUAAGAAACGACGGCGACUUUUUCAGAUCAGUGCACUGGAACUACUGUGUCCUUGACGAGGGCCAUAUUAUUAAGAAUGGCAAAACAAAGCUUGCGAAAGUCAUUAAGCAGCUAAGAGCCAGCCAUCGACUUAUACUCUCGGGAACACCAAUUCAGAAUAAUGUCUUGGAACUGUGGUCUUUGUUUGAUUUCUUAAUGCCUGGUUUUCUCGGAACUGAAAAGCAGUUUCAGUCUCGGUUUGGUAAACCAAUUCUGCAGAGCAGAGACGCAAAGUCGUCCUCUAAGGAACAAGAGGCUGGGGCUUUGGCCAUGGAGGCCCUUCAUCGUCAAGUUCUACCAUUCCUAUUGAGACGCCUGAAGGAGGAUGUAUUACAAGAUCUUCCACCUAAGAUCAUUCAAGAUUACUACUGUGAACUGAGUCCGCUACAGGCUCAGUUAUACGAAGACUUUGCCAAGUCUCAGGUCAAGAGAGGUUUGGAAGAAACAGUUUCUCACAUCGACGAAGAAAACAAAAGUGAGAAAGCAAGCAAAGAUAAUCCUCACGUUUUCCAGGCUCUUCAGUACCUACGCAAGCUGUGCAACCACCCGCUUUUGGUGCUCACAACCAAUCAUCCAGAAUACACCAAAGUUAUGGACCAAUUACAUCAACAACAUAUUUCCAUCCGGGACAUUCAGCAUGCCGCCAAACUCGUUGCUCUCAAGCAGCUGCUGAUGGAUUGUGGGAUAGGAGUAGGCUCCUCAUCCCCAGGCUCCAGUGAUCUGUCUUCAGACCCUGUUGUGUCCCAACACCGGGUGCUGUUGUUUUGUCAGUUAAAGAGCAUGUUGGACAUCGUUGAAAACGACCUCCUCAAGAAACAUAUGCCUACAGUGACAUACCUCAGACUUGAUGGAAGUACGCCUGCAGGCUCACGUCACUCGCUGGUACAAAGAUUUAACAACGAUCCAUCAAUCGACAUUUUAUUGUUAACGACACAUGUUGGAGGACUGGGGUUGAACCUGACUGGUGCCGAUACGGUCAUAUUUGUGGAGCACGACUGGAAUCCAAUGAAGGAUCUACAAGCUAUGGACCGAGCUCAUCGUAUUGGACAGAAGAAGGUUGUAAACGUUUACAGAUUGAUCACACGGGGAACACUAGAGGAAAAGAUUAUGGGACUCCAGAAGUUUAAAUUAAACAUUGCCAACACAGUGAUCUCGCAAGACAACUCAAGCCUAUUGACCAUGGAUACUGGACAACUCCUGGAUCUCUUUUCAGUCGACCAGGACAAGAAAAAAGUAAAUGCAGGCGCACAACAGUCAAAUGCAACUGGGAAGACCUCGCUCAAAACUAUGAUUGAAAAUCUGGGUGAGCUAUGGGACGAGGAACAGUAUGAAACGGAAUACAAUUUAGACAACUUUAUUGGUUCGCUGAAAUGAAAAAUAGUUUGCGUCAGUUUUAACUACCUGGCCCUAGGUAUGUGUUGGUAGAGGCCAAAAUGUUCUGAUCAUUGAAGUCUGCUUUGGAGAAGCUGUAAAGAUCCAGAAAGGAGAAACGAAGUGAAUCGUAGGAUUUAGCACCCUUUGCGGCCGUUGACCCGCAUUUUGCGAAAGGAAGUUGGAAAUUAUAACGUUACUAAGGGAGUUCCUUCAACAGUUUAUGAAGUGACAAAAACAAAUAGGCAACCAGACAACCCAAAAAAACAAUUACUACAAAGUCAAAUUAAAAUGCUUCGGAAAAUUAAGUAUCCUGUACAAGGACAAGAAAAUAUUCGGAGUGAUUUGAACGCAGCCAGCAUAUUUCCGUGCAUUUGGUCAUCUGACUAGGAAAGACACGCCGUCCGUUGAUUUGUGAUUCAGAUCAAAAUUCUCGCUUACGAAACAGAACAUUUUUGGUGAUGCCAAUUAGACAGUGGUGGAAUAAAGUUUUGCACUGUGUUAUAGUUGUUAUUUUA